AUGGCAGACCUGUUUGUCGUAAGCUUGUUUGGGGUUUGGGGGGGCCAAAGCCGUCAGUCCAAGCCUGUCAGGGAACCCUCGCGUCCAACGCCAGACCCAGAAGACCUCCUGAGCUCAUCCUCGCCUGCCUGCGCUCGCUCCCACGCCAACGCGCAACCCGCCCACACCCUCCCCCUCCCUCCCUUCCCUUCCCUCCCUCGAUUGAUUGCGCUGAAGGGCCAAUUUACCCCAAAUCCAGGCCCCAGAGCAUUCCACUCUCCACGUGCCCGCCCACCGCUCUCCACUGACUGCUGCUGCCCCGUCCUCCCAUUCACCAUGGCGCCUGGCAAAUUCUCAUACAAGCCACUGACCCUGACCCCCAUCAACUUCUCCCUGACAGAGGGCACCCAAAUCCCAGCGCCGCUCGACAGCCCACCCGAAACACCGCGUCCCCCAACGCCUGGCAAAGGCCCACUGUCGUCGCACCCGACGCCCAAAUCACCCGCCUUCCCACCCACCGACGACUCGCCGCUGGGCAAGGACUCUGAGGACUCGACGGCCGACACACACUUGCAUCAGAGCCGCACGAGCGAUGCAGCCAGCGUCCUGUCACCCGCAAGCCCCUCGAACAAGCGACCGGCCUCGGUGCGCAAGUUUUUGGGCUUGCGCACAUUGUCCUCCUCGGACAGCCUAAAGUCAGAUCGGCCUGGGUCGCCGGCGACCAUCAACAGCCAGACACCCAGCCUGUCGCGGAGAAAGAGCGGCAGCUGGUUUGGCAAGAAGAAGAGCUUUGCCGCAGGAUCUGUGCCGGAGGGCAAUGGCACGUCGGCGCCCUACUCCAACGGACGCACCGUCUCGCAACCUGUAGCUGUACCUGCAUCGGCACCUGCACAGCCACCGGCCCAACCAAGGGGCCCGCCACCCCCAGCGCUACCCGAGCUCAAGUCGCUCGGUGUCAGCGAGGACACCUUCAGUCUGGGCGCAGACGACAUGUUCAAGAACAUUGGUGCCGACGACAAGUCGAACAAGAAGUAA